GAUCUGCCUGCGAUGCCUAGAUGUUUGGAACAACCUCAGAAACAAUCUAAAGAUGAUGCUGGUUUUAUUUUCUUCACAUAAACCUUCUAUUCAGUACAUUUCACAGCUAAGUAAAUUUUGUUCAGACUGAAAAUAUGUCAAAGUGGUCGAAACUCCAGCUUCCAUGUGGCAACCCUACUCCUCCUCUUCUCUAUAAGUACCUUACCAGCAAUCUGGGGUGUGAGAUUUUCGUGACAGACUUGGCCUAUGUAUGGUCCGAAAGCCUGACCCGCAAAGAAAUCCACAAUAACGCGUCCAAGUAUAAUACGAGCAUCGAUCCGAGCGAGGAUGAUGAACAAUAUUUUGUUCUCCUACAGAAAAUUUCAGACGCGUUACGAGGGUCCAAGGACAGUUCAUUGUCGCUAGCAAGUGAGACGGGAGGCAAUGAGCUCAAACUCAGUACAUCAACAAAGCUACCAGCUCCGUUGGACCCGCUACGGUGGACGUUUACCCUCUCGCAACAGUCACCAAAUGCUUUGACUAAACACAUCCUCCUACCAAUUUUAAAAGGGGAGGUGAACCAUGACACCCGCAUCAUGUCGCUAAUAGGGCAAGUGAAGCAAAAAGAUUGGGCUCUCAGCAAAUUAUUUGACAAAAUAGAGUCGUCUGGCGUCGACCUGAGCACCGUAUUUCCUGGCAUGGGAGGAGUGCGACUCUCUCGGAAGGAUUCCGUAUAUUCUCAAGCGUCCAAGCUUAUUAAAGGAGUUGCACCAUUCGAUGAAGAAUUAUGGAAUAAUGAAUACCAAGCUAAAGAUGCUGACUACAACCUGGGUGUCCAUAUUGCGAGUGAAUUGUCGCUCUCAUUCUCAUCUAUUGAUCGACAGAGUGAUGGCAUCGCCCCUGAGAACUGGUGGAACAAGCUAGCUGCAGGUCUCGCUGACAAGCCUCGUCAAGCAGCGAGAAAGGACAAGUACCAAGAGGAACGUGCAUCAAAAAUACGGCUGCCUCCAGUAGAAAAAGAAGAGGUUACGGAAAGUGACGACGAUGAAUUUCAGACUAUGGAAACUCCACCGAGGCUGAAAAGCCGCAGGCGUAAAAAGUCUGAAAACAAUACCCCCCACAAGUCUACCAUGCCCACAGGGAAGAGACGUAUCGACUCAGAUGGAGAUUCUACAGAAGGAAGCCCUUCACUUUCCCUAGGCUCUAAAAGCAGGAAACAUACAGGAGAUGUAGCAGACCACUCCAAACAGAAGAAAUCACGAGCAUCAAAUUCCUCUGAAGCAACUGCUUCUGAAGAAGACGGGCAAGAUGAUACUCAACCAGGGCCAAACCGCAGACCAAAGGGCCUUGGGACUAUUUGCGGUAGACAGCUCGUAAGACGAAAAAAUUCCCCAAUGGAAUCAGCAGAAUCCACAGAAUCUGAAGCCCAACCUGAAGCAGCAGCUAAACCAAAAUCAACCACAAAAGCCAAGGGAAGUCUUGGGACCAUCGCCGGGAAGAAAAAGUCAGAGAAACCGCGUCAGGAAACGCCGAUCGAAUCAACAGCAUCAGAUCUUUCUGACGCUCCGGGGACAGCAUCAAGUCCAAAGCUAACGAAGGAAGCUGCCGACACUAACGAUAUGCCCACAGAAUCGGAAAAUGACACCGACAGCUCGGUCUCACGACCAGCUGAGCAAGAACUACCAAAAGCCAGCCAACGGAAAUCCUCCCCUCCGUUAAAAGCACAACCUAAAUCUGGUGGCAUGGGGGUAAUUGGUCAGAUCGGCGGUAGAAAGAAGAAGGACGAGCAGACCUCACCUACAGAUCACCCUGAAACUCCGAAAUUAGGAACGCUAAACCACGAUAAUGAUGAGGACGGCGAUGAAAUGGAAACAUCGCCAGCGACCCACCAGACAGCAAAACUUAGACACUCAAGUGGCAAGCUAGGAAUGAUCGGUGGCCGUGGCAAGCCAGCCGCUUCGACGUCACAGAAGGAAUCCUCACCAGAUCGAAGGAUGCCUCAAUUGUCACCGCCACCUAGAUAUGGAACAGCCACAAGAACCUCAGAACAACCACUAGCACCGGAGCUGGGUGAAAAAGUGGAAAUCAAACAGGAAGCAAAGGAAGAGACCCCAGAGGAGCGAGCAAAUCGGAAAAGAGCAGAACUGAGGAAGCAGUUGGAAGCGAGGAAUAAAGGUGUAGGUACUGGUGGUGGAGGACCAGCGAAGAAAAAGAGACGAUUCUGAAGUAGGUCCCGGGCUAAGAUGUGUGAUUCGAACGGAAGAUAAGCUGCAGGCAAGCCUUUAGCAGUAAUCUCAAUCGGACAUUUAUACUUGGGUAUUUUAAGUCUGUUCUCAGUUUAUGUAUUACCCCUUGUUGCAAAUCGAAAAAUAUCCCUUUUUUUCAUUUUUAUACACUGCAAUCUCACAUCCCAUUCUAUUUUAAUUAAUGAAAGGGCCACUCUACUCCCCGCCGGCUUCACUAAGGCUUCGCGGUCAUUCUUCCUGUCUACGUGUGCGAAGCAUAGUAUAGAUCGCCAGAUGCCUCCCUCCCUGUUGCCUGAAAUAAUUAUAAAAGGAGGGGCGAAUUAUGGUGGUGCAGCAUAGCAGAUACGCUCCCCCCACAAUUUAAUGCAGGAAUCCACCGGGAGAUCUGACGUUUAACACGCACCUCUUUAGGUACAGCAGUUAAUAGGCGGGUAGUAGAAGGAACACUUUAACCCUGAUAAAUUACAUUUUUACCUAUAGAUACAUCAACCAACGAACUAUGGCCCUCCUCCCCCUUUAAUAACCAUGCUACGCAGAUGGACAGAAAACACACUAAAAUACAUUCCCAAAAUCUGCCAACCAUCUUGCAAGCCCGCGUGGAAUAUUGCAAGACAUCAAAUGUAGAGGUCCAAAAAAAGCCUAAGGGAAUGGAAAAGGAAACUGCAAGGGCUAAUAAUGCCUUGCCAGUUCCCCAAAAAACAUAACAAAUAAUAACAAACAAGCAAACGAAAGGUGAAAGCCCAAG